AUGUUACUACUUUUAGGCGAAGAAUCCUCGUUCAAUCUUACCGUUGUGGAUAGUGCGGUAUCGCAAACAGCGUUUACUCUGCGCUGGCCUGCUCUCAACACCACGGACAUGGAUCAAAGGAAAUUCCUUGGAUAUGAUAUCCUGUAUAAGGAAGUCGAAUGGGAAGAUCCUAAUCUUUCGAUUGAUGAUGAUAGGUCUUCCUGUCAAGAUACGGAUUCGUGGUUCUACCACUUUGAAGGGGUUAACGACAAUGUGGAAAGGAUCAACGGAACUGGACCAGAGUACGUUACAGCUAUGAUUGGAAACAGCCACAUCAAACCGCAUACUUUGUACGCGGCAUACGUCACGACAAAGAUGGUGCGACAUCAAGGUGCGCGAAGUGCAGUCUCCAACAUAGCUUUCGUACGAACACGUUUUGCCGUACCCGAUCCACCGCGUUUGACGAAGGCGGAAGCAUUAGGAACUGAUGAGAUUCUGUGA